UACUAGACUUUUCAGUGCCCUCUUGAUACUGCUGGGUAGCUCAACCAACAACAAACUGAGGAAGGUAGAGCGAGCGAGAGAGAGAGAGAGAGAGAGAGCUUUGGGUGUUUUGCUUGAGGCUUCGAUUUGAAGUCGUAGAUCUUCCACUCUGGCUUUGCGUUCUACAAAUUCCUCCUAAUUCGAAAUCUUCGCGGGACUCUGGAAUUGAUCGGCGAUGGCGGUGGGCGAUCAGACGGAGCAGAAUUACUUGCCGAAGAAGAAGAAAUCCGAAACGGAAGACGAUAAGAGGAGGAAGAAAAUUGUUCCCGGGAGCUUGUUGAAAGCUGUGGUGAGACCUGGAGGAGGUGAUUCGAGCCCUGUUGAUGGUGAUCAGGUUAUUUAUCACUGCACUGUACGGACACUGGAUGGUGUAGUUGUGGAAUCUACGAGGUCAGAAUGUGGAGGGAGAGGUUUACCGAUUAGAGAUGUCUUGGGAAAGAGCAAAAUGAUCCUUGGAUUGCUCGAAGGUAUUCCUACGAUGCACAAGGGCGAAACUGCAAUGUUCAAGAUGAAACCUGAAAUGCAUUAUGCAGAGAACAAUUGUCCAGUUUCAGCUCUAGGCAAUUUUCCAAAAGAUGACGAGCUUCAUUUUGAGAUUGAAUUGUUGGAUAUUUCCAAAGCCAAGAUUGCAAGUGAUGAUCUUGGGGUCAUCAAGAAGAUUCUAAAUGAAGGUGAGGGCUGGGAAUCUCCCAGAGAACCCUAUGAAGUAAAAGCCAGAAUAUCUGCUAAAUCCGGUGAUGGGCAAGUGAUCUUCUCUUACGCAGAAGAACCUUAUUUCUUCACAUUUGGAAAAUCUGAGGUGCCUAAAGGUCUUGAAAUCGGAAUUGGAACCAUGGCUCGGAAGGAGAAGGCAGUGAUAUAUGUUCGCAAGCAGUACUUGACUGAAUCUCCUUUGUUGCAUAUAGAUCAGGACCUUGAGGAAGUUCAUUUUGAGGUUGAACUGGUACAUUUCAUUCAGGUGCGGGACAUGCUUGGAGAUGGACGUCUCAUAAAACGUCGAGUUCGAGAUGGAAGAGGCGAGUUUCCAAUGGAUUGUCCUCUCCAAGAUAGUCGGUUAAGCGUUCACUACAAGGGCAUGCUUCUCAAUGAAGAGAAAACUGUCUUCUAUGAUAGCAAGAUUGACAAUAAUGAUCAACCGUUGGAGUUCAGUUCAGGAGAAGGACUGGUCCCUGAGGGGUUUGAGAUGUGUACUCGUUUGAUGCUACCUGGGGAGAUUGCUCUUGUUACAUGCCCCCCUGAUUAUGCAUAUGACAAAUUUCCGAGACCACCUGGCGUGUCUGAAGGUGCACAUGUUCAGUGGGAGAUUGAACUCCUUGGUUUCGAAACGCCAAGAGACUGGACUGGCUUGAACUUCCAGAGCAUCAUGGACGAAGCAGAUAAAAUCAGAAGCACGGGUAACAGGCUUUUCAAAGAAGGAAAAUUUGAACUCGCAAAAGCAAAGUACGAAAAGGUGCUCCGGGAAUUUAAUCAUGUUAACCCACAAGAUGAAGAUGAAGGAAAAAUAUUUGGUGACACAAGGAAUAUGUUACAUCUGAAUGUUGCGGCUUGCUUGCUUAAAAUGGGAGAGUGGAGGAAAUCUAUAGAGACAUGCAAUAAGGUCCUAGAAGCAAAGCCUGGUCAUGUGAAAGGUCUCUACCGCCGCGGAAUGGCUUACAUUGCAGGUGGAGAGUAUGAUGACGCUAGAAAUGACUUCAAUAUGAUGAUCAAAGUGGAUAAAUCAUCAGAAGCUGAUGCGACCGCUGCUCUAUUGAAAAUGAAGCAAAAGGAACAGGUCAGUGUUUGAAAACUAUCUCAAGUUCUCAACCAA